UCUAAAUGUCAUUGACCUAGUUUAUCGUCGCUCGUAAGGUUUCUCCUAAUGAGAUUGUGAUAUUUAAACUGAUUUUAUGAAUUAAUUUCCCUACAAACAGUAGUUAAAAAGACGACAAAAUGUUGUUCGACCAAGCCGAUGGCUUCGCGGAAAUAUUCAAGGGUUUUUUACCGUAUUAUUUGCUAGUCGUAUUUCCAAUUUUAAUAAUUAUGUCUCCAAUGAAUCCUGUGGAAGCUUCUCAUGAGUUUUCUGUGUAUAGAAUGCAGCAAUAUGAUCUCCAUACAGUGCCCCAUGGCUGUCGCAGUGCCACCUUUAACCUGGAAGGUAGAUCUCUUACUUCUUGGAGCACAUCUCGGCAUUGUGUUGUUGGUAACAUCCAGGACAUUACAAUUGAUCAGUUUGUUGAGAUUAGAAAACGGGCAGGGGCACUUUUGCUUGUCUUGCCCAAGAAUGAUACUUUGCUCACACAAGAGGAAAAAGAGCACAUAUAUUUACUCGAAAUGGCAAUGAUUCAAGAAGAGAUCAAUAUACCUGUAUACUUUGCGAAAUGGUCUCCAGACUUUGAUGAUAUGAUAAAAGACUUGCAGCACAGCAGAAUCACUGAUGAGAAGUCUGGCACUGCCUUAGAAGCUAUGUUUAAUACUGUGUCAUCAAAUGGCUAUCAAAUUGUCGUGUCAGCGCCAAACCCGCAGAAGCUUGAAUCAAAAGCAGUCAGUUUCCAUGGAAAGCUAGUCGGAAGAAGUGGCACUCCUACCAUUGUGGUGGCGGCACAUUAUGAUGCAUCAAGCAUGAUACCCGAUCUUUCAUAUGGUGCGGAUUCGAAUGCAUCGGGUGCCGUCGCAUUACUGGAGCUGGCCCGGAUAUUCUCGCGGCUGUAUUCGAGCCCUUCAGUACGAGGAGGCCCCACGCUUGUCUUCGCACUCAUGUCCACUGGUCAUUCACUAAAUUACUUUACCACUAAGAAAUGGUUAGAGGAACAAUUGGAUAAUGCAGAUUCAUCUUUAUUACAGGAUGUGUCUUUCGUGAUGUGCCUGGACUCGCUAUCGUCAGAGGGGCUGGUGACUCACGUGUCGAAGCCUCCCAAGCCCUCGACUGCCGCCCAUUCUUUGCACACGCGUCUGGGCUCCGCUCGCCUCAACCACAAGAAGAUCAAUCUGGCCGAUGAGCUGCUGGCUUGGCAUCACGAGAGAUUCAGCAUACGGCGGAUGACUGCCUUCACUCUGUCCUCGCUGCAGAGUCACAAAGACGCAUCUCGUAGUUCCAUUCUGGACUCGCCGCGUGAAGACGCACUACGCCACCUGGUGGACAACAUACGUACUAUCGGUCGAGCGCUUGCCUCACACAUCUACAACAUUACCGACGAGGUUAACGACGAAGACGCCGCGCUUUACGACGAUGCCUUGAGUGUGGAAGAAACGUCCGUAAAGCAAUGGUACAACUACCUGGCGUCACAGAGCCGGUCACCCCACGUGGUUACUGUCGCCAACCAAGACGCGGGUGUGAACAGUGCGUUGGAACUAGCAAUGUCCAGGUAUAUGGAAGUUACCACUAGCGUGCACGCCGUGGACAAGCGCGAGCCCGAAUACGUGCUCUAUGGUACCACUAGAGCGACUCUCUACGUCUACAGCGUAAAACCAGCGGUGUUCGAUCUCAUACUGACGCUGGCCAUCGGCGCGUAUCUCACUCUCGUCUACUUCGCUAUACAAGUGUUUCCCCAGUUCUACACCGAGUACGCAAAAGUCGUCACCGGCAAGGAGAAAGUAUACUAAAGUGAAGUCUUCAAAAAUAUUGAACAUUUUGCUAUCGGUUGUGGAAAAUUGAGAUGAGGUUUCCAGAGACUUCUUCAGCAAUCGAAGGUGAUCCUGAUCGAUUGUAUUAAUUUCAAUCGGCGCUUUUAGGCAUUAUUCUUUGUCUAUAGUACAAUAGGAAUGUGAUAAAAGACAAAAUUGUGAGAGCAACCUGAAGUCAUUAUUGUUACUAUAAUAUUAUAAGAAGAGAUAUACUGGUAUCUAUCCUCCUAAUAACCUAAAUAUACUAAUAUUGCACUCAUAAUCUACUAUUAUUAUUAUUAUUUGUAAUCUGUCAUUGUUCUAUUGUUGGUCAUGAAUUGAAUCAGUUGUCAAAAUAUGUUCAUGUUACGACACAAUGUGUGAUAAUUAUUGUUAGAUUAUUGCAUAUAUUAAUAACUUACAAUGGCGAUAUUAAAUUUCUGGAAACCUCAUUAUUUUGGUAUAUUAUGUAUAAUAAAUAUGUAUUGAAAUAAUAAUUCGGGAACUUGGAGAAUGUUAUCAUAAUUGUAAUUCUUGCUUGUUAAAAGUAAUGGUGGAUUUGUAAACUGUAUAAAUGGUGGAAUUAUUUGAAAUAAAUUAUUGGGUUGGUUAGGAAUCGUUAGUGAUUAGAAAUAAAGUAUUACCGACGCGAAUUUUGGUUUAAAAAUAAAUACAUUAAUGUUGUGCAUUUUUGAAUAUUUUGGAAUGGCUAGGGAAUAAUUUCGCACGAAUUGAAAAACCGACUUUACUUAUCAGUAUAAAAGUUCCAGCAUUUAUGUGGUUAAAUAAAAGAUACAUUUAUUGCGCUAUCGUACAUAAAAAAUAAAAUUUAUAUUACAAAAAAAUUGUCAACCAUAAUUUCAGCGACUGUCUUACGAAUUUUCGAUCAGGCCACGUGUCCUGACGCUGAUGAAAAAAAAAAAUCAAACGCCACUAAAAUAGUUUUCACUUAAAAAAUAUCAAUGGGUUAGCGUAGCAAACCAAAGAAGAUACAUAUGUGUUAGAAUUUUUCAAAAAAUAUUGGCAGUCUUAUAUCUCUUUGUCCUAUGCUUAGCUAAAACACUAGAGCUGUUGUUCUUGUGUAUAUCAUCAUCAUUUUAUCAUCAUAAAG